AUGUCUGAAAAACAUUCUAACAAUUCAAAUUCUGAAUUCUCUAAUAAAAAAAGAAAGCCCUUAAAUAAAGAUGAAAAAAAACGUACCAAAUCUAGUUGGAUUUGGCAUUACUUUGACAAAGCUACAGAUAAAGAUAAAGAUGGAAAAGAAUUUUUUGUUAUUAUUUGCAAAAUAUUAAAUGAUAAUG